AGAGAGAGUUAGAUAGAGCUCUACGGGCUAGUGGAGUCAAGGGAUAUGGGGAGAAGGCAGGCACGGGUUAUUGAUAAGGGACGAUCAGCCAUGAUCACCAUGAAUGGCGGUGCUGGCUUGAAGGGCCGAAUGGCCUACUCCUGCACCUAUUUUCUAUGUUUCUAUGUUUCUAUGACUUGGCAAAUGAAAUUCCUCGUAUGUUGCAAAACAUACUUGGCUAAUAAAGUAUUAUUCUGAUGUUUAAUCCUUAACGUGUUUAAUGAUUACAUGAGGACAUGCAACUUGUUACCCAGGAGACCCCCUCAAUUUCCCCACCAACUCUGGUGUAAGUCCUCCUUCUGGAUCAGAUCCCUUAUCAUCUCUUGUCAUAAGUUGAUCUCGUUUGAUCUAUGUUAUUAAGAAACAUGACUUAGCAGCAGUGCUUAAUACCGUGACGGGGAGAUAAAGAUGUAAGCUUUGAGCUAGCCUGGAUGCCCAGAAUCUCUGGGCUAUAAAAACAUCGUGAUGCAAUGUCCAUUCCUCCUCCAGGUUUAACCGCGUCAGAGUCAGUGGAAACUGAGCUGGAUGUCCAGGAGUACACAGCUCCUAUUCUUUACGAUAAUCCCCAUUUUUCCCUGCCCAUUCCAAAUGCAGCACCAAUUAAGUGAGCGUGAAUAAACCUGGAGCCUUUGAUGUAGAUUGUAUCUAACAUCACAAACCUCUGCUCCAUUUGUUCUUAGUUAUGACUAGGAACAAAGCCAAAAACCCCAUUCAAAGUAACAUUCUCACGUUUUUUUUCUUCUGCUUGUGAAAAGUAUUUUAUUUAAUAGGUGACUCUCGAUGGCCUCUUGGGCAUUAAUGCCCUCUCUUGGUUAUACUUGAGAAAGCAUAAAUGAAAUUUGAUACUGCUAAAGGAGGUGAAUUGGCAUAUUUACAGGUUUUAGUGUGACAAUCAUGUACCUUUGGAAAGGCUUGGUUGUAUCAGCUUACUCUCUCGUUGGUUCUGUACAAUGGGAAUACAAUGUUAAAUAAAUGAGAAAUGAAUAAAGCUAUUCAUUGUAGCUCUUAGAUCAUUCUGAUAAUGGGCUUCCCAUUUCAAGUGCCACGGAUACAUUCGCGGGUGAGAUCUUUGCCUUUGCAGCUGAGACAAUACAGAGGAAACUCAGGUGUCAAUGGUCAAGCACUAGUAAAACACAUCCCCAUCUACUUGAGUCUCCUGCCAAGGUAGCUUUACUGACUGAGCAGUAUAAUAUCUUCGAAUCGUUAUUGUUAAUAGACUAAAUGGAAUGAGUAUAAUGCGAGGCAUCUUAUUUUUCUGCAUUCACUGUGGGGAAGAAACCAUGACCUCUGUUGUAUAUUCUUUCAGAGCGAUUGCACCACAUCUAUCUUGAUACACAAUUUGUGCCUGUGCACCCUUCACUCACACUUCACAUGAAUCCUACCCAUUGAAAGCAGUGCCCCUGACAUUGUAUUCCAGAUCAGGGAACGCUCUCAACCAGACCAGAACAGAAGCUGCUUGAAACAGUUAUUUGCCUGGGCUGAUUUUAUGUCUUAAACUCGGGAAAGGCGCAGGAGAUCCCUGAAGACAAAAUUGCAAAAUUGAAAAAGCGUGCGGGAGAAUUGCUGCAGCUGAAUGUUAAUUUAAAUUUUCUUGAAGGGGUUAAACAGGAGGCACCGUGAUCCUCGCUGUGGUGAGGAGCCCUGUAGCUGCGGCUACUGGAAGUGUUGCUAAGACAGUUGUACUUAUUCAGCAUAGAUUGCAGUACCACCUCCUGAUCACAGACACAACGCACAUCUUCCACCUUCUGCCUUUCUUGCGAGCAGUUCAAUUUUCACCUGACAGCUAUGUCAGACUCUGCUCGCCUCCUCUCUGUCAAAAUGGAUUAGAAACUGUGCGCAAUUGCAACAUCUUUCUUGCUCUGUGGCUGCUAAUUCCAACCUGAUCCUGAAAGCCAUGUGACCCAGUCGACGAGCUUUGAAGACCCUCGAUUGGAGGGAAGCCAAGUCGUACAGCCAACCACUCGGAAGAUCGAGAUGAAGCGGGAUCCAGUGCUGGGCUUUGGGUUCGUAGCGGGCAGUGAGAAGCCAGUUGUUGUGCGUUCUGUUACACCAGGUGGGCCCUCUGAAGGCAAGCUGAUACCGGGAGACCAGAUAAUAAAGAUAAAUGAUGAACCUGUCAACACAGCUCCCAGAGAGAGAGUCAUUGACCUCGUUAGGAGCUGCAAGGAAUCAAUCAUUCUGACAGUGGUUCAACCAUAUCCUUCUCCCAAGUCGGCCUUUAUGAGCGCUGCCAAGAAGGCGAGGUUGAAGUCCAAUCCUGUGAAAGUCCGCUUUUCCGAGGAAGUGAUCAUCAAUGGCCAAGUGCCGGAGACUGUCAAAGAUAAUUCCCUACUGUUCAUGCCGAAUGUUUUGAAAGUUUAUCUUGAGAAUGGACAAACUAAGUCAUUUCGAUUUGACAACAGCACAACAAUGAAGGAUGUGAUCCUGACCCUUCAGGAGAAACUUUCCAUCAAAUGCAUCGAACAUUUUUCUCUGAUGCUGGAGCAGCGCAUCGAAGGGGAACCAACCAAACUACUUUUGCUUCACGAUCAGGAGACCCUUACUCAGGUAACGCAGAGACCAGGCUCCCACAAGAUGAAGUGUCUUUUCCGAAUCAGCUUUGUUCCAAAGGACCCCAUCGAUCUGCUACGGAGAGAUGCAAUUGCUUUUGAAUAUUUGUAUGUCCAGAGUUGCAAUGAUGUGGUGCAGGAGCGCUUUGGGCCUGAGCUGAAAUACGACGUGGCUCUCAGACUCGCUGCUCUGCAGAUGUACAUCUUGACUGUCAGCACCAAGCAAUCUCAGAAAGUCUCCCUUAAGUACAUCGAGAAAGAAUGGGGCCUUGAAACUUUCCUCGCUCCCAUGGUUUUACAAAGCAUGAAAGAGAAGAAUGUGAAGAAAGCGCUGACCCACAUCCUGAAAGCAAACCAAAACCUUGUUCCUCCUGGCAAAAAGCUCUCUGCAUUACAAGCGAAGGUGCACUACUUGAAGUUUCUCAGUGACUUGCGUUUGUAUGGAGGCAGAGUUUUUAAAGCCAUACUGGUGCAGCACGGAGAGAAGCACUCUGAAGUCACUUUGUUAGUGGGACCAAGAUAUGGAAUAAGCCAUGUAAUCAAUGCAAAAACACACCUGGUGGCCCUGCUGGCUGACUUCAGCCAUGUGAACAAGAUCGAGAUGUUCUCAGAAGAGGAAAACAAUGUGAGGGUUGAACUGAAUGUGCUGGAUGUCAAGCCCAUUAUUUUAUUAAUGGAGUCAACGGAUGCGAUGAACCUUGCCUGUUUGACAGCUGGAUAUUACAGGUUGUUAGUGGACUCUCGGCGCUCCAUAUUUAAUAUGGCUCAUGGCAAAUGCACCGCAAAUCAUGCACCAGGCCAUGAAUACAAGACCAAACAUAACACGCACAACAUAGAAUGGAACUAUCUACCAAAGAGUUCAUGCUAUAUCAGGCCUAAGAAAGAAGAUUGCCAAUUGUCGGCCAUUAGAGAAAUGAAACAAGAAAAUGUAGAUUACUCAGAUGGUUCAAUUUACCAUGAAGAUUCCAGGGGCAUCUUGAUAACUGAGAUUGCAGAUGUUAAUGAGCAUGGUCAUCUCGGGGCUGAAUAUAUGGACACCGUAGAAACUGAACACAAUGUUUUUAGCAGAAUGUCUUCCUCUGUGAAGGAAUCUACCAAAUCAGUGCAGGAACCGCCAAGAGGAGCAAAAGUAUCCUUUGUGUUUGAGGAUCAUAACGUUGCUAUCUUUAACCCAAGAAACCUUGGUUAUGAAAGAUUGCUGGAUGAUAGUCCCAGCAACUUGCAGCAACCGAUGUACUUGAAUAGUGCAGGUGACAUUAAAUGCCCAGAGUACUCAUUCCCAGGGAUUGAUGUGGAUAAUAUUGACACGACUGCCGUGUAUGCAAACAUCAAUGAUAGCAGGAUGUUUGCAAAUGCAGAGAGCAUCGAGGAACCGUUGCUGCAUGACAUCUGCUAUUCGGAGACCACAGACGACGCUGAGGAUGAAGAUGAGGCUAGUUGCGAGGAGGAUAUCCUGCUGGGGGAGGUGGACAAAACUGACAUUCUGAACAUUUCUGGAUCGAACGAUGACAUCAUUGACUUGACUUCGCUCCCUCCCCCGGGGGGUGACGAUGAUGAUGAAGAUGACUUUCUGCUUCACACUCUGAACAUUGCAAUAGCCGCCCCUCCACCUGGCUUUCGAGAUAACAGCUCAGACGAAGAAGAUAGCCAGCAUCAGCCAGCACAAAGCCCGGGAAGCACCAGCCAAAGCAAGCGUUCGCCUAGCGACGACAUCCCUGUGUCUAUCAUCGACGCUAUCCCAACGCAGGCUGAUGAGCAGAACGGAGAGCAGGCUCUGGAUGAUGCUAUGGUCUCAACCCUGCAAGCACUGGAGGAGCUGGCAGCCUCCGAGGAGCAGUCUGUUCAGCAAACGGAUGGCACCUCAGGUGUAGUGAUAUUAAGAGCUUAUAGUCCGGAGUCGUCUUCGGAUUCUGGCAAUGAAACAAACUCCUCUGAAAUGACUGAAAGCUCUGAGGUAGCCUCAGCACAGAAGCACUCUGAGGGCUCCAUGCAUAUGCUCGUGGCCACUAGUGAAGGCUACCAACAACUGCAAGAAGAGCAAACUGAAUUCCCAAUAUCUCAGAACGAGAAUAUAGGGCCCACUUGCAAGUUGAUUCCAAAAGUCAUGCAUUGCCUGACUGCCCAGCGAGGGAGCAGUGCAAAGUCCAAGGUUGUGCCUUCGAAACAGAUUCUUCCUUCCGAGGAGAUCGAAAUGGAACCCGAAACAAUGGAGACAAAAUCGGUCACGGACUACUUCAGCAAGCUUCAGGCGGGAUCUCUGAUGUAUUCGUGCCCGAGUAAGCAGAAGUGCAAGUCGGGGGAUGCCAGCGUCAAGUCAGCGGUUGACGGGAGUGUAUCAAUGAAAAGGCAACAAGCAAACAAAAAGACAGAAGUAGGCGACGAUGUGUCGAGUAACAGUAAAUACAAUACGCUGGUUGGAAAGACUAGCCACCGCACAACUACCUAUGACUUAGAGAGCACCACUUUCCGAAAAGAGACACAAAGGUGGUUUCAGGUUUCAGGAGAAAAAGUGCCUGAUAAGCAUUUCCCAGGGUUGAUCAACGGUAAGAGUUUUCACAAAGCCUGCUUAGUUUCCAGAAAUGAACUUGAAGAGAAGGUAGCUGAUAUGGAAAUGGACGAUCAGUGCUCCCUGGCCAGCACCUCAGGGCUUGGGCGCGAUGAAAGCUUUCUGUCUGAUACCACCUACACGUCUUCAACCAAACAUCUGACGGAUUCAGAAGAGGCGGAGCUUUUCCCUGACGAUCACUCGUCAGAGCUGCCCGAAGCUGAGCAGAGUGUGAGUCGACUUUGUGAAUACCACAUGACAAAGAGAAUGUCUUCUUUACAAAGCGAGGGCCAUUAUUCCUUGCAGAGCUCCCAAUGCUCUUCAGUCGAUGUGCCCUGCAGUACAGGCAGCAGUGCAUGCACCACUCCAGUGGAUUCGCCUCACUGUACAACUGAGAUCAACAACAUACUGUCAGAAUCUUCUCUGAAAGGUCUUGGCUACAUUUCAGAUGACCAGCGAACAGUUUUGCUUCAAAACCAUGGAACAUCGUAUAAAGAUCUGCAGCCCCAAGCUGAAGCCAUGUGUCACAGAAGAACAGCCCAUAAAGUACAUGCGUCUUCAAAUGCUGAUCCAAUAUUUGGUACUAUACGUGAUGGGUGCCACCGAGUACCCAAGAUUAAAGAAACCACAGGUACCUCACAAAAUGGCAAUAAUAUUUGCACAGGUUUUGAGCUGCGGAAUUUAGACUUGGAAAGUAAGAGAGACAGUGAAGGAAAUGGUUAUGUUCAAGGUCAAGAAGCUAGUUCCCUUAUGUCAGUCCCAUCUCAUGAAGUUAGCUCUGAAAAUUGUAAUACAGAUAUGGUAAAGAGAACAUGUAAACACAAAGUUGAUGGCGGUUGUCACUCAUCGCAAAGAAUUAUUCCCGGCACAUUCUCUGAUCUUACAAGCACACCAAUCACUUUCAUCAAUGAAAAUGAUUGUGUUAAUGAUAAUAGGAUUUUUUCUAAGCCUCGUAGGUCUAACACGCUAACAUUUCCAUCAUUCAUCUCAACGUCAAAAGAGCCAGACCACGUUAGACACCAGGAAUUGUUCACUUUGAGUAAACAAAAUAAACAACCCAGGCAUUCACUGUGUAACUUUAGAAAUAUCUUGUUUGCAUCGUUACCAUCUAAAUUGAGGAGAGAGAAUGAGUUAGCUAAACAGAGGACGCAGAAGGCUGGGGAGCAUGAGGAAACAUGUAAUGGGGAGGAGAGACCCCAUUUUGAUAGACCAGUGGGUCUACGAGGCCCAUACACUGAGCACUAUCCCAGUUGGGGUAGAGGAGCUGCCAGUGAGAUUGAUAAGGAUCUGCCUGGAGGUUUUCAUGAAAAGCAGUUCUCUGCAGAGGACAAGCAGUGCAACCCAGAUUGUAAAUUGCAGCAUGUUGUCAAGGAGAUGCUUAAUGAUUCUCUGUGUUUUUCUGCCACCCCUAGUGUAGCUUGCACAGAACCUGAGCAAGGAGGAAGAGGAGGUGCAACUUCAGCUUUCAGUAAUCAAUUCAAAGGCGACAACAUCCCCCUGCCAUCAAAUACUUGCAAUGAUACAAAGGUGCCAACUACCUGCCAAGAGUCAUCUAAUCUUCUCAAAGAAGGACAAGGGUAUUCAGCACCACUUAAUAGGAGGAACGGUGAGGGUGGUGGAGGGAGCCUUAAAUUUCCUCCCAGCAAAAAGGUGCUGAGGCGUUGCAGCAGUAACGUCACACCACGAAUGAGAAGCACAGAAACCCAACUAGAAAAAAAUCACGGAGCUUCAUUGGAUUCCAAUACUCCGAUCUCCAUGAGGUUCCCAACCCCCAACUUGUACAGAAGAGCGUAGAGCUUCCUCUGGGCAAGAGCAUCUCCAAGAGCCACUCUCAAGGAUCGGUGACGACCAAUGCAACAUGCUGCACCACCACAGUAAACAGAAAGGAUGGUCGGAGAUCAUUGCAGAUAUUUUCGGUACAAAAGGACUUGA